AUGCCACAGUCCACCGCCGAGUACCUCGGCGGCUACAUCCGUUUGAUCGGCGACACCCUCUCCCAGCGUUUUGUGAAUCGGUCACCUCCUCAAGGACAUGCACUGUUCCAUUCCUCCAGCGGCUACUUGCGAGGAAAAGUUGCCCUAGUCACUGGAGCAAACACAGGAAUCGGCUUCGAAACGAGUCGCUCGCUCGCCGCCGCAGGGGCAACUGUCGUGUUGGCUUGCCGAAACCGCGGCAAAGCCGAGGCGGCAGCACAAGCCAUCCGUCUAGCUGUUCCAGACGCCAACAUCCAGAUUGAAAACUUGGAUCUCUCGUCACUUUCGUCCGUGCGCGAUUGUGUGCAUACCUUCGCAUCGCGUACUGCGUCUGCCGCCGCACCCAGACCGCUGCACAUACUCGUAUUGAAUGGCGGUGUCAUGGGCGCCCCGCAAUCGUCCCCAGAAACGCAUUUCUUUGUUAACCAUGUCGGGCACGCACUGCUCACGCUACUCCUCCUCCCCAACUUACUCGCUGCUCAGAACGAGACUACUAGGGUCGUGCUUGUGUCCAGCUUGACGAGUGUUAUCUCGGAUCUGAGGUGGAACGAUCUUGAUUUCAAGGCGAGGAAAUACAAUUGGAUGACUGCGUAUGCAAACAGCAAGCUUGCCAUGCUGCUUUUUAUGAAGGCACUUGUCCGACGGCUCGGCAGCGCACCGAUCACGGUGAACGCUGUACAUCCUGGAGAAGCGACUUCAGACGUUGCGAGAUAUCUAGGACGAGUGUGGAUGUGGUUGCACCAGAAUGUCGGGAAGUUUUUCUUACUGAGCACCGCAGAAUCGGCAAGGACAUCGGUUUAUGUUGCUGGUGCGAAAGAAAUUGGAAAAGACACUGGACACAUGUUCCAUCGCGUGUGGCACAAGAUGGAAAUUCCGGAGCGGCUGCUUGAUGAGGAAGAUGUGGAGCGAUUGUGGGAGGUCACCCUUGCGAUGGCAGAAGUGAGAACGGAAGAUUUGGACAUGCUUACCCGGAUUGCACUGGCCCAUGGGGUGGACAAGACUCUAAUUCGGGUGCCCCCUUGA